ACGCCAUAUACACCCGCGAAAUGUACGCAGUGUCAUCGUCGAGCAGACCUUGCAGGAUCACAAGCCACGUAGUACCCGAACGCAAUAGCCGCAGGUCAUCCCCUUUUGACUAUCGACAUACUAAACGAUAGAACUAUUCAUGUACAAGACCAGGAACAAGUUAAAAUCAGAAAUGGACACCCUCGCAAAAGAAACAAUGGGCCUCCCAAUCUUCAUCUGUCCAAACACCAACUCGACCACAACUUCCACCUUCACCACCAAACUAUCCAAUUUAACCCCAAUAAUCCACCACACCACCUCAGCAACCUCAUCAUCCCUCACAACACCCACAACACCCACUUUCUUCGCAACCGCAACACCUUCCCGCUCACCAACCACCUCGACUUUUUGCCCCUCCACGACCACAAAACGCUCUUCCCUUUCCCCACCUUCCCUAGAACGAAGAAAUACCUACACACCACCUACAUUUUCACCUCGUCGUGAGAGCUUACUUUCUACGAAGCGUUUAUCGCAGGUUUUUGAUUACGCAACGGGGGUUGUUGAGGGGGCUUGGAAGACUGCUACUGAGAGUGUGUUUGGGGAGGAUGAGGGUGGGAGAGCGAGGGAUGGGGUUUGGGGUGUGGAUGAUUUGGAGAGUGGGGAGAGGGAGAGGGAGAGGGAGAGGGAGAGGGAAAGGGAAAAGGAGAGAGGGGGAAAAAGUAGAUAUGCAAGGUUUGGAGACGAGGGGGGUUUUUGUAGUUGGUUGGAUUGAAUAUGGCUGCGUUUUGUUGAAGGGGAUGUAUAAUUUGGGAUCAGGGAGUUGGGGGGAAUGAAGGUUUGGGAUUGCUGUUGGUAUAGCUUUUCAGGGGUG